UUUUGAAGCGGGGCUUACGAGGGACUAUGCAGUUGAACAUCAAACUGUGUAAAAACUCUCAUUAUGUAUUUGCCUGUGUUGUAGCAGGAUAAAUCUUUAUUAGCCGUUUGAACUAGUAGCUGCAAGUGCACGCGCGGAGACACGGAGACGCGGCUGCAGGAGAAAAGAAAACGAGCGCGAGAGGGACAUCAUUCUAAUCACCAUCCGAAGUACUAGCUCUUAACAUUUUGUUUUUUGGUGUUCAGGCGAGAAGUGACAAGAAUAUAGACCCCUCCUCUACAGGGCGGAGCGUGCAUCCUCACAAUUUGUAUUUUUUAUUUAUUUAUUUUUUAUUUUUUUCGUAUUUUCUCCCAAGCCCUGUUCCCUGGCUCUGACACGUCUGCACUGACUGAGUGAGUGGCAUUGGCACACUGUCAAUCGCUCACUAGCGCUGCCAUCAAACAACAUAAAACACACACAAGGCUCAGGCUGCAGCUCAUAAAUUUGAGCAGGGCGAGAGAUUUUUCCUGCGCGUCGCCUUUGCACUGCACCGCAGCCUAAUUAUUAAUUUCUUGUCGGUAUUCAUUUUUUUUCUAAGUAUUUAACAACCUCCAACUUUUUCUAUUUUUCCUUUAAUUUUUAAAGCUAUUCGCGCUAUGUUGAGUGCAUAUUUUUUUGUAAAUUUUGCAGGACAUUUAUAGUUGAACACCUGCUAAGACUAUUUGCAUUUAUUUACACAGUGGAUAUUUUUGUUGCCGCUACUAAAACCACGAGGAUUUUGGAUUUUUUUAUGAAGGAGGAGAAUACGCAGGGAAUCCCGUGCAAAAGAAGAGCGUGAAUAAAUGAGAGAUCAUCAAGGAGCGUUUGUGUCUAUAUCAGCCGUCAACGCGCAGCGAAAAGACAGAUUGGCACCGGGAUACGAUACGAUGGACACCCACCUCAUUCAGCUUUGACACUUUACUUUGAAUCAAGAAGCAUUUUGCUUUUUUCUUGAAAUACAACGUAUCGUUUUGGCACUUUGGACCGUGCGUAAAAUUCAACUUGGACAAAAAUCUACAUUUCCAAGUCGCUCUUCAGCAUCCAUCCCCUCGCCUCUCCAUCUCAGUCUGCGUAUGUUGUUGUAGCCCGUUUCGUAUAUGAGUUUUUCAAUUUGUGUGGCUCAGUGCACAGACUCUUUAGCGGCUAAUAUGGACGAUCAAGCCCGGAUCAUGCAGUCGAUCGGCGGCGUGAGUCUCGCUGGCCACUCGGUACAAGGUGGCAUGGCAUUGCCGCCUCCACAUGGACACGAUGGGACGGACGGCGACGGCAGAAAACAAGACAUCGGUGACAUCCUGCAUCAGAUCAUGACCAUAACCGAUCAGAGUCUGGACGAGGCGCAAGCAAAGAAACAUGGACUGAACUGUCACAGAAUGAAACCAGCACUCUUCAGCGUUCUCUGUGAAAUCAAAGAAAAAACAGGUCUCAGCAUCAGAGGGGCCCAAGAGGAAGACCCUCCAGACCCUCAGCUCAUGCGUCUGGACAACAUGCUGCUGGCCGAGGGUGUAGCUGGCCCCGAGAAGGGAGGAGGCUCAGCUGCUGCUGCUGCGGCCGCUGCAGCGUCAGGGGGAGCUGCCGAUAACUCUAUUGAACACUCAGACUACAGAGCCAAACUCACACAGAUCAGACAGAUCUACCACACAGAGCUGGAGAAAUAUGAACAGGCGUGUAACGAGUUCACAACUCAUGUGAUGAACCUUCUGAGGGAACAGUCGCGCACGCGGCCCAUCUCACCCAAAGAGAUCGAGCGCAUGGUGGGCAUCAUCCACAGGAAGUUCAGCUCCAUCCAGAUGCAGCUGAAGCAGAGCACCUGUGAGGCCGUCAUGAUCCUGCGCUCCAGAUUCCUUGACGCCAGACGGAAAAGACGAAACUUCAGCAAGCAGGCGACGGAGAUUUUGAACGAAUAUUUCUACUCGCACCUCAGCAACCCAUACCCGAGCGAGGAGGCUAAGGAGGAGCUGGCCAAGAAGUGCAGCAUCACAGUAUCCCAGGGGGUGGGAAGCACCAUCACAGUAUCACAGGUAUCCAACUGGUUCGGCAACAAAAGGAUCCGGUACAAGAAAAAUAUCGGCAAGUUUCAGGAAGAAGCCAACCUGUAUGCCGCCAAGACAGCUGUAAAUGCGGCACAUGCUGCAGCCGCUGCAGUGCAGAACAGCCAGGCCAACUCCCCUACCACACCUAACUCUGGAUUCCAGAUGAAAGACGAAGAGUUUCAGCUGGACUCUGCUGAGAGCAAAAACACUCUUUUAACCAACAUGUUUACUGGUUCCUCGGGUUCUUUUAGCCUCCCUCACUCGGGGCACAUGUUCUUGAGCAUGCAGAGUCUGAAUGGGGCUUCUUACCCAGGGGCACAAGUUGGAGCCAAUGUACAGGCGCAGGUGGAUACCCCGCACCGUGUUACCAGUCAGACGGCAGGAUACAAUGAUGCUCUGGGGGGGAUCACAAUGUAUAGUCCACAUGGCUUAAAUACUAAUGGGGGAUGGCAGGAUGCUCCAACGCCGUCUUCUGUGAUCUCUGCGACAGAAGGACCUGGAAGUGUGCACUCUGAUACCUCGGAUUGAUUCACCAUAAACGCAUCCUGGAGCCGGCAGUGGACUUAAACUUAAACUGGCCACCAACUCACAGAGGACACUCAAAACGCCUUUCACCACGACAUUGCUCUUGUUUUCUUCACACAUCCAAAUCCACACCAAGCAUUGUCUCGACAUAGUCUUAAUUCUCUGUUGUUUGUUGGAGGGGUAAGCACACGUGUAAACUUUUCAGACCAAUAUUUUCUUCUGAUCUUAAAUAACGACCGCAGUGCUUUUGAAUUGGCAUUUUAUGACAUAUUAAAAGGCUAUUUGUUGGAUUGUUGAUUUAAAUGCUUAUUUCCAUUUGAUAAUUGAGUUCCCUUUACAAUGCUUAGCAGAUUAGCACGGCUCUUUCUUUGACUGUAAUGCACAAUGCAGUCUUGUCCGGCAAGUCAACAAUGCUAGCGCUGACAGCUCAAUGGCAGCUUUGUAGUUACUUUGAAGAUUUAUUAAGCCUUACAGCCAUAUACAUUAGUACAAGGAAAUCACUAUUCAAACUCUGCUACGUAAAGAGGCGUAAUUGAUUGCUUGACUAUAACAUGACACGCUUCCAUAUUUUAUAAUUUGAUGUUUGCUAUGUACAUAUGUAAACAUUUCUUUUGUACUGCUUAUUGAAAACUACAAUGCCCCCUUCUGUUGAUCAUUUUUCCAAGGCAUGCAGGAGCAGCCCCAAGUUACACAUGAGAAGUUGUACAUAGAAUAAGAGUAAUUAUACAUCCACCAAUCAGAACACAGCAUUCUUACCUCAUUCCAGCUCACACAGACUAAUCAUUUCUGUAGCUUAGAGUGCUCACUUACUACCUCUAAACAAAAUCAGACCAUCGUCACCUUUUUAUUUGAUUUUAUUCAAUGUUUUGUACGUACUUUUUGACAACAUCUUUAACACUGUAAACUCUCCAUUCUCUAUGUAAUCUAAUGUAUAUUUUAAUCUUUUAAUAAAAUGCUGUUGCAUAUGUGCAACUUAAAAUAACAAAAAUAAAAAACAAGAAUAACAAUAUUAAUAGAUUAGAUGGAUAAAGGGGUGGGGCUUGAAUUAAAAAUGAUGGUGUGUGGCUUUUAUGAGGGGUUGUUGAUAAAUUAACACCAAAACAGUAAAACUGUUGUAAAUAUCAAAGAAAACAUUUUGAAUGUUGCUCAUCUUGUUACUAAACCAUUGAAAAAGACUAAAAAACACGAUAAAAAGUGUAAUGCAUAGAGGUUUCAGUAUUCAGAACUGUACAUUUCCAGCUCUGUUCAACAGGGUGCCCAGUUCUUUUCUCUUUUUUCUAUUGUAUGUGAUUCUGAAACUGAAAGUCAUGACAAAUGAUUUGUGGCAGUGAUCUAAUGUAUUAAAGAUGUUUAGUGUUUCUUUCUAACCAGAC